UUCAUCAACAUGCAGCAAGACACCAAACACCAGGCCGCCAGGACCUCUUCUUUUUCCAUAGUGGACAUCCUAGAUCCCUCCAAAUUCACAGGAAGAAACAGAGACUUACAAAGCGCAGAACAUACGGACCGCAAAAAGAAAAGUGAUUUGCUCUCGGAUGAUGAAAGCCAGAAAUCCACCGACAGGCGCUCCGCUUCAGGGUCUCCGGUCCCGGCUCAUAAGGCGAGGCGCGUGCGCACCGCCUUCACGCUGGAGCAGCUGCGCGUACUGGAGCGGAGCUUCCAGAGCAGCCAUUACCUCUCCGUGCUGGAGCGCCAUGUCAUCGCCGCGGCGCUCCGCCUCUCCGAGACUCAGGUCAAAAUCUGGUUUCAGAACAGGCGAACCAAGUGGAAGAAGGAGCGAGAGGGACACGGAGCCGAGGAGCAAAGCCACUUCGCCAUUUUACCAUCAGCAGUCGCUCCGAGCUGCCCGUUCACUGCAGCGGCCGCUCUCCAUCACACGGCUCCGCUGUCUGUACACUUCCCCUCGGCUCAGCCCUGCCUGCCCUCCGCCUACAGCUACACUGCACUUACAUACUUCUGACCACAGUCUGAACUCCAGAUAUACUGUAUAUAUAACACGCUGACAGGACUGAGCAGAAAGCUUGCUCAGUGAGCAGAUUGCUGCAGUUAGAUAAUGUUUACAGGGUGCUUCAGAUUUGUCAUUUCAUAUUUAUAAGCUUUGUAAUUCUUGUAUUUAUGUCACAUUGAAUAUUUUCGAAGUACGUUUUGGGGGGUAUUUGAUAUUGAAAAAUAUUAAAG